AUGAUGCCUUAUAGUAAGGAGUCGAGAGGUUCACUCGGCGGCAGCUCAACUGCGUUCGAUUACGUCUUCAUCCAAGGAGCCGAUAGGAAAUCGAUUAGCCAGGAACCAUUCCUCAACAUACAGGAAAUAGGUAAGAAGAAUCUCUCUUUCUCUCCCUCUCCCCAAGCCACCGUCCGCGGUGGCCAAGGCGUAGGUUGGGGAGUUGAGGAAGCCAGCGGUACUCGCCGUUUCCGUUUUCAGUAUCGUACGGCUUUAACAUUUUUCUAUAUUUUCAGGUUUCUCUACGCCAUUAGUGAUAUCGAUGUUGAGGCAGUCAAUCAGGCUCGCAGCAUCUGCAAGGAAGGCACCAAUUUCUCGGGCACCAAUUUCUCUGAUACUUUCGCGUCGUUUGAUGUGGGCUCGCAGCAUCUGCAAGGAAGGCACCAAUAUGUGGGAGAAGGCAUCGUGGACGAAGUGUGGUCUUUGAGAAGUGUGACCGAGCAUCUCAUAGCACUUGGCAUCAUUUAUGGUUUAGCUGAAUGGGUUGAUUAUGGUGGCAAGAGUUUGCAGAUAGAAAGGAGGAGACUGCGUGCUGAAGUAAAUAAUGAAUGGUUCGGCCUAUUCUUUAGUUUUCUGUUGCCAAUGUUUUAUCUAAGUGCUUUGAGUUGAUUAUUGAAUCUACAUGAUUUAUAUAGCUUUUGACAUGAGCUAUGUUAUGUGCAACUCAGUAAACAGGCAGAAAUGAUGAAGAGCAGGAAAUAAGCUGUGAAUGUUUUGUGGUAGUCAAUGUUAUCAGUUGUAUAGAAGUUUUGUGGAAUGUUUUUAAUUUGGAGUAUAAACUAUUAACAGGUGGCUUUAUGUGUGUAAUCGUAGGACCUUGAAGUAUCAUGUGUUUCAUUCUUUACCUCUCAAUAUCCAUAUAUUAUACGGUUGCACAUCCGGUUCAGUUUAGCUUUUGUUUGUUAAUUUAUUCUGGUAUGAUUACUUUUCCUUUAAUUUAUCUUUACCA